GUCUUGGUUUUGAUGUUGCUGUAGUGCAAUUAAAGAUUACUCAUAAAAGCUAUGACUGUAAAAAUCAUCUUAAAUCAUAUCAAUUUUUUCUUGCAGAAUAUUCUUAUGAAAAACAACAAGAAAUUUUAGACCUAUCAGAUAAAACAAUUGAAAGUUCUUUAACAAGUAUAAAAAUAAGAAUGUUAAAUUUAUUUAAUAAUAAAACUUUAGAUAGUUAUUUUAAAACUAAUUUUCAAGGAAAACAUUUAGAACAAUAUGAAAGUUUACUAAUUUGGGCUAUAGCAUCUUGUAGAUAG